AUGGGGAACUGCCCCCAGGAGGGCCGGGCGGCGGCGUACCUGCGCCGCGCCGGGCCGGAAGGUGGCGGCCAGGAGCGGAUCUUCUGCUUCGAUGGGCCAGACGAACAUAUCCGGAAGGCUCUGCUCGCCCAAAAGUCCUGGGUGGAGAACGAGGUCGCCACCUCCACGAUCUUCCACUUGAAAUGGACGGUGUCGGACAGCGCGGCCGACUACAGCCAGAUCCAGGAGGGCUCACUCUUCAAUCACUUCCAGCACAACCGAGAGUUGACCACCAAAGUGGGCCUCAUGAACAACCUGCGCAGGUUUGCCUGCGGGGCGCAGGUUGACGUGGACGACUUCUUCCCACGCUCCUACGACAUGAGCUCUGCCAGCGAUGUCCAGGACUUCGUGCUGGACUUCCGGCGGUGCGGGGCCCUCAACGUGCUGCGGCAGCACUUGCGGCUCAACACCUGGGCCAAAGAGCGGCAGAGGCUCUUGGCCGCCGUGAAUUUCGAGGCGGAGGGCGGGUACCUCUGCAACGUGAACGUGCUCAGGCUGGCGGUGAAAGCCUUGGUGCACUGGCUGGAGGAUCUCGACAGCUCCUUCUUGGAGGAGGAGGGGCGUCACCCACAACGGCGGCAUUUGUUUCGUGAGGAGUGGGACGCCCUGGUGCUCUACUCCCAGCUCUCGGACGCCCAGCUCUGCGGCGAUGAGGAGCCGGUGAGCCGGCGCCCCCGCCGCGGGUACUCGGCCUCCGGGGUUCUGCUGGAGCCCUCAGAGACCGAGCAACGGGAGAGGCCACUGGCGGUGCAGCAGUGGGUGGAGUUCCAGGACCAUUUCUGGGGCGAGGCGCCCCAAGAUCUGCAGAACAGCGCCGAGACGGUGCUCGCCAUCCUGAAGGAGCGAUGGCCGCAGCUUUCGGCGCAAGGGCCCCGCAAUGUUUGGGUGCUGAAGCCUGGCAGCAGCUCCAAGGGCAGCGGCGUCCUCUGCAUGGACUCCUUGCCAGAGGUCCUGCAGCACUGCAAGAAGGCCUCCAACCGCAUCGUGCAGAAGUACAUCGAGCGGCCCUUGCUGCUCUUCAGCGGGAGGAAGUUUGACCUGAGGCAGUGGGUCCUGGUGCGAUCCUUUCAGCCUCUGAAGGUCUACAUGUUCUCCUCCUGCUACCUCCGGCUUUGCAACGAGCCCUACGACUUGGGAGAUUUGGCGAACCGCCAGCGGCACAUCUCCAACUGGUCGGUGAACAAAAACGGGCGCCACGUGGCGGACGGUGCGGUGGCGUCCUUGGAGGAGUUCCGAGAUGUCUUGGAGUCCAUCACCAACUCCCGCACCUACUGGGAGGAGGCGUUGGUGCCACAAUUGCAGAGCUGCAUCCUCCAGAGCCUGCGGGCUGUGCAGGAGAGGGUGGUGCAGAGGCCCGAGUGCUUUGAAGUCUACGGCUUCGAUUUCAUGAUCGCCGAAGAUCUGAAGCCCUGGCUCCUGGAGGUGAAUCUCAGCCCCGCCUGUGAAAGCCGCACGCCCUGGAUGUCAGAGAUGCUGGAGCGAAUGGCCUCAAGGCUGGUGGAGCUGGUGCUACAAGGUGCCUUGGAGCCCGACGGUGAGGAGCCGGAUUGGGUCUGCAUCGCGGAUGAGGCCUCCGUCAAGACCGCGGAGAUCCUUUCGGACUGGGAGAGGAGCAAAGACAUGCCGCCGAAGCUGGCGGUGCUGGGGCAGCCCUUGAACCGCCGCUUGGAGCGGCAUCUGGAAGAUCUCUGGCGCCGGCAGCAGGCGCAGCUGACGCUGGGCCGGUGUCUCCGCGGCUUCCUGGUCCGGCGCCAGAAGCGCCGCCAGAGGGCCCUCGGCGCGGUGAGACUUCUGCAGCGCGGGGCGCGGCGGUGGCUGGCGCGACACCGUGCGCGACGGGAGGAGCUGAGGGAGGCCAGGAACCUGCUGCGAGGAGCGGCUCGUCGCUUUCUGGGGAUGCUGCAGCUGCGGCAGUGCCUCCGGCGUCACAGCGCUGUGUGCGUCCAGCGGCUCUGGCGAGGGCACCUGGGCCAGGGCCGCGCCAAAGCGAGGCGCCGCCUGGUGGCGGUGCUGAGGCUGCAGCGGAGCUGGCGGAGCUGGCGGCACCGGCGCCGGCGGCUGGCGCAGCAGCGGGUCGCCAGGUGCUGGCGAGAUCUGCUUGCCCGGCGCAGGGCAGACGCGGCCAAGCGCCAGGCAGCACAAGGCGCGGCUGCCACCAAGCUGCAGGCCUUCCUACGGGGAACUCGCGCCCGGCGCCGCGCGGCUUGGCUGCAGCGCCUGGUGGCGCCCUCCAGGCACCUGGCCUUGGUGCUGUCCUUGGCGCGGUGGCGACGCCAGCUGGCGCUGCAAAGGCGGCACCUGGCAGUGCAGCGGCUGCAAAGCGCCUGGCGCGCCUGCCUCUUGGCCUUGGCCGUCGCCUGGGCGCGCUGCGGCUCCUACGACGCCAGUGGCUGCCGCGGCUGCUGCGCGCCUGGCGUGCGUGGCUUGCAGUGCCGCAAGCAACACAAGCGGGACAUGGACAAGGUCCACAGGAUCCAGAAAGCCUGGCGUCGAUGGAUUGCAAGGCGCCGCCUGGCGAUGCUGCGGCGCUUCGCGGAGCGGCGGCGGAGGUGGCUGGCCGUGGAGGAGUGGUCAAGCUGCGUGAAGCAGACCAAGGAGGAACCCGAGGAGGACGCCGCCACGGGCUCCCCUCCCGGCAGUCCCCGGCAGAGCCCGUCCGGAGUGGAGAGUGAGUCAUCGUCAGCGAAAACCGCCGACGAGAACGAGAUCUCUAUCGGCCUCGAAAAUGAGCACGGCUCGCGGUCAUGCGGUUUCACCGUGGGCUUGUUCCAAGAACGCCCUGACAGCAGAGAGACGGAAGUCAAGACCUUUGCGGCCGGUGAGGCUUCACCUGUUAAGCUCACUGGUGUUGAUCGAGGAGCGGAGGCCGGAGGGCCAUGCCGUCGGGAGGUCCUGCGGGCACAUGGAACUUGGCGACAGACAGGUCUUCCAUGA